CCCCUGCGCUCAUUUUUGCCAAUAUACACCUGCGUAUUCAAAUAUAUAAACAUCAACUGCUUCCUCGUUUUCUCCUUCCCUUGAUUAUAAUCUUUCAUCCAUUUUAACAACCUUUCCUGUGUUACCACAUUCUAUCUUUACCACCCACACCUCUCGACACAGUCAUCAAUUUGACUCACAAUCCAUCCUACACACCUCAUACCCCGCCAUAUACUACUCAAACCCACGCUUUACCUUUGCAAACAACAUUGCAUUCACAUCACCUAAAUUUCCUAUAAAGUAACAUACUUGGAUAUUUUUAGAGCCCAUCAUUCAUCAUCUAUCAUCAUGGGUUUAAAGGCAGUUCAUUUCGGUGCCGGCAACAUCGGUAGAGGUUUCGUCGCUGAAUUUCUUCACAAAUCCGGCUACGAAGUCGUCUUCUGCGAUGUUAUGGACAGCAUCAUCACAAAAUUACAAACCACCCCUUCAUACAAAGUUAUCCAAGUUGGAGCCGAGGGUACAAGCGAAGAUACCAUCACCAAUUACCGUGCGAUAAAUUCGAAAACACAUGAAGCCGAUGUGAUUGAGGAGAUUCGUACAGCCGAUGUAGUAACAUGCUCCGUUGGCCCAAAUAUUCUCAAGUUCAUUGCACCAGUCAUUGCUAAGGGUAUUGAUGGCCGAGCCAAUGAUGCAACCCCCAUUGCAGUCAUUGCUUGCGAAAAUGCCAUCGGCGCCACUGACACCCUCGCCAACCACAUCAAGGGUGACCACACUCCAGAAGAUCGUCUAGAGGAUCACCACGAGCGCGCACGAUAUGCAAACUCUGCCAUCGAUCGUAUUGUCCCCGCCCAAGACCCAGACGCAGGUCUUGAUGUCAAGCUUGAGAAGUUUUACGAGUGGGUUGUUGAUCGCUCACCUUUCCAUGACCACGAACCUCCGGCGAUCAAGGGAAUCAAAUGGGUGGAUGAUUUAAUACCAUACAUUGAGCGUAAACUCUUCACCGUCAACACUGGACACGCAGCUGCUGCAUACCACGGAUAUUACCACCAGAAGACUACAGUCUACGAUGCUCUACAAGACCCUAAGAUUCUUAAGGAAGUCCACAUGGCAUUGGAGGAGACAAGCAGACUGAUCGUCGGCAAGCAUGGUAUCGAAGUACAAGAACAAAAGGAUUAUGUCGAUAAGAUCAUUACCAGAAUAGGAAACCCACAUCUGGAAGAUGCAGUAGAGCGCGUUGGUCGUGCACCCUUACGAAAACUGAGCAGGAAAGAAAGAUUUAUUGCCCCUGCUGCCGAACUUGCGGAGGAAGGAAAGGAAUUUGGUGCAUUGUUAGACGCUGCUGAGAUGGCUUUCCGUUUCCAGAACGUUGAGGGUGAUGAUGAAUCCAAGGAGUUGGCCAAGAUCAUGUCGGAAAACUCACCAGAACAAGUCGUGGAAAAGGUCUGUGGGUUGCAAUCGGAUCAUCCAUUAUUCCCUCAUGUGGUAGCCGUCGUUAAGAAGGUUCAAGCCGAUGAGUAGAGUGGUGAUCGUAAUAUUUUUUUCUUGUUCUUUUUUUUUUUGGGUUUUUUUGGAGGGAUUUUAGGAUGGCGAAUGGAUAGGCAUGAUAGGGAUGGACUGGAUAGCGAGCGAUACUUCUGGCGUGUUAUGGAUACGCAGUACGCUUUCGAUGACUUGGAGCGAUAUAGUUACCCACGGAUGAUAGCAUGAAUGAAAUAAACGGAAUACUAAGUUCAAAAUAUUUACCACUUG